GCGUUUUACAGGAAGUAUGUGCGGGGAGAAUUUAUGUAUUUUCAGAACCUGACGCCGUUCUUCUUAGUUUGUUAUGUCGUUUUUGUGUCGUUUAUUCACAAAUGAGAUUAGCUGGAAUCGGAACUCAGGCUAUAACGCUAAUGAUUUUUGCCUGAUCAUCACAAGACGGUGAAGCAUGUGAUGUGGAUCGAGCUUUGGGGACCUCUGUUCGAAGCAUCUAUGGUUAAAGUGGACUUUUGAGAAAACGCCCUCGCCCGGGAGACACUUCAGUCUGCUGAAAGUGUAGCCUUAGUCCAUGUUGCAGAAAUGGUUCAUGUGUACAACUGUCACCCCUUCGCCUCUCAGCAUAUUGUUCCGACCGAACAAGAGCCUGGCUUGGUGUGUUGUGGUGGCGGUGCCCUUUUCGUGGUGUCUGCAGGAGGAUGCAAGAUCGAGGCAUAUCAGAUGCAAGAAGACCAGUGCCCUCUUAUUUGCCGCUUUUCUACCAUGGGCACAGUCCUUAGCAUCCAGCACAGUCAAACUGGGGACUACCUAGUCACUAUUGAGGAGAAAAACAAUGCCACUUACCUCAGGGCCUACACCAACUGGCGCUACCAGGCUGCUGAGAAGACCCGCGUUGGGGUGCGUCUGCUCGGCCACUUUCUGCGAGGUUCCUCCUUUCGUGGGGCUCCUAAGGAGCAGAUGGAGAUCAUAGAGAUUCCAUUGUUCGAGCCCCCACUAUGCAUGGCCUGCUGUGCUCAGACAGGCGACCUGCUGGUGGGCUGUGCCAAAAGCCUGGUUGUGUUCAGCCUGAAAAGGCAGGCCUUGAACGAGCAGCUGGCUGUGCUUGAUUUUGAAAGGGUCCUCAUCCUCCACAUCCCUGGAUGGAGCCCAUCACAGGUGGCUUUCUGUGCAGGAUAUGUGGCCUUGCAGAUGGAGCUGGAGGUACUGGUAUUGAAGCUGCAGCAGUUGGAGAAGAGAUACCUGUGCCCAGGAGACCAUGCACUACUGCCUGUUGAUAUCAUGGCUGCAUCAGGCCUUGUUGAAGAUGAUGUGAAAAAAGAGCCACUAAGUCCCCAUGAGCCAGAUGACUUCUUUGUGUUCCCAAAGCAUUUGGAGUUGCUGGGGGACGAUGCAAAAGACUGCGGAAUCUCUGUGUCUUUAGAGUGGACAGGGAUGGAGACAGAGGCAAAGAAUAACAUGGGAAUUACCUAUGUGUUAUACAGGAGAUUUGCUCCCGAUUUCUUUCAGGGCUGCAGUGUGGAGGAGACAUGCUUACACUCCCUGCAGCUCCACCCCAUGUACACGGGUAAUCAGGAUGGAACUAGUGACACGAAAGAGCCUUCCUGUAUAUUCUGUUUCUUUUCUCUGCCCAAUGCUGGCUAUAUGUACAGUCUAAAGAGCACAGUAGAGCUCAUCUCCAGCUACCAGUACCCAGAGAAGACCCAUCAUGCUGUGCUCUGUGACCAGUUUCUAUAUGCCCUCACCAGGAAUGCUCUGCAGUGCUUCUCUGUGAGGUGCAGUGCUGUGGCAGCUCGAGCAGAGGAUCCCUACAUUGAUACCACCAUGAAGGCAUGUCCUCCCUUCACCAUGGAAGUGUGUGGUCUACGUAUACAGCUUUUUAUUGGCCUGAAAUCUCUGUGCCGUGAUGGCAACCACAUUGUCUUGCUCACAGCUGCUGAUGUGGAGAGCAAAGAGGAGACAGAGCGGACAGCCCGAAGAACUAUCGAAUCAAAAGAGCACAAAGCACUGACAGGGAUUUUCCUAGCGGUAGGUAUAGAGCCAUCCACCAGCCCAGCUCUGGAGAGCUUCCUGUCCAGGUCAUUCCUAUCCAGGAAGACUUCUGUCUCAUCAAAGCCUAAAGAACCAAAUGAAAGUGGCCAUGGCUGGAACCUGUAUGUGAUCAACACUGUAUCCACACUACAGCUGUACAGAGAGAUGGUGGAGUACAGUAAGCGGUAUGGACAGACCAGCCCACUGUCUCACAAUUGCUUGCACCUGCUGAGUGAGGCUCACCUGCUCCUCAGAGCUGCUCUGCUGGGCCAGGAGACUUCAGACAAAGUUCAGCUCCAGGAAGCGUUCAAGGAGAGCUGUGCCCACCUAGGAGACUGCUUCAGCAGGCUGGAUAAGCGAGACUGUCAUUUGGCACUCCCCUACUACAAGAUGUCUGGCCUGUCUGUGACUGAGGUGAUCCAGAGGAAUGUGGCUAUGUGCAGCAGCACUGUGUCUGACUAUGGCAGUGGUUUCCUCUUCUUCCUCAAGCAUUCUCUCUAUGAGGAGACCAUGGAAGAGCUCAGUGAAGAGACGGCUAACACAGUGCUGGAUAUCUUCAGUAAGGCAGAGCCUGGUCAGCUGCCCCAUGUGGUGAGUAGCUUGUUCAUGAUGAAGGCCAACCCUGGUUGUGUGCUGGCUCACCUGGAGCAGCUGGAGGCCUCUGGAGGCCCGUCCGUCACGCUGACUCUGUGCAAGGCUGCCCACGCCCUCCGCUUAGGUGAUCUGCAGCUCUACCAACAGCAGAUGGACCGCCAUGCUGAGAUGUUGCAAGUGUAUGGCUUCAUUGACGAGCCAAAGCUGCUUCUGCAUGGCAGAGGGAAGGCAGUGGUACCCACUCAGCUGGCACAGCACCUGCAUGACACCCAAGAUGGCCUGCUUGUGGCUGCAGUAGUAGCACUACAUGAGAAUAGCAAGGUCAAGCUGGAAGAAGCCGACCUCUUCUUCCAGGAGUUAUGUAAAGAUAGUGUGGAGACUCAGAGCAGUCCUCAGCUGCUUGUGGAUUUCUGGGAGGCUUUACUGGUAGCCUCAUCUCAGGAAGCAAUCAUCCAUGAGCUCCUUUUCCGUCUCACGUCCGUCUAUAUUGACCGCAUCACACGCAGGGACUGCUCUGGCAUUAAAGCUCUCAAAACUGCAGAGGACCUGAUUAACUCCUGCUCUCACUAUGGACUGCUCUUUCCAUGGGUGAGCAUCCUGACUCCUACUCACUUCAACAUCAUCCACGAUCACCAGGAGGACCUGCAGAAACUCCAGUCUCUACUGUGCGGCCCCACUCUGGAUGUGUCCUCCAUUCUGCCUCUGCUGGAGCAGCUGCCAGACACAGAUAAUGCUGGCCUGAGCGUGCAUGUGCUUUGUGCGACCAAGCUGGGCCAGCAUGAGAGCUCCAUUGAGUGGCUGCUGGACCGCUGUCCACAAGCCAUCAUUCCCUACGCCAAUCAUGAGCUGCAAAAUGACAAAUUGGCACUGUGGUGGCAAAAACUGUUUCCUGAGCUUUGUGAAAGGACACGAGUUUCAUCAGGAGAGAACAGUAUUUUGCUUGCAGCUCUGAGAGAGACUCUUGUGGUGGUGGCAAUGGAACUGAACCCGCUGGAGUUUUUGGACUUGCUGCCUAACGAUGGGACUGCACACUUCUUUCUGCCUCAUCUUCUGGAAUGCAGCCAGAAAAAUCUUCUUACUUGAGCUGCCAACAUUGUGUGUGUGUGUGUGUGUGUGUGUGUGUGUGUGUGUGUGUGUGUGUGUGUGUGUGUGUGUGUCUGUGUGUGUCUGUGUGUGGGGGUGUGUGUAUAGAUAAUAUAUAUACUGCUAGACAAUUAGUAAGCAAAAAUAAUGUACCAAAAAAUAUAGCACCAAAACACUAAAGGGUUUAAUUAAUAAUGUUGAGGAGAUGUUGAGGUUUCAAAUAAUAAAGGAUUUAGUGACUGAACUAGACAUGAUAAGUAAUGUGCUGUUACAUGGCACUCUAAAGACUCCAGAGUGGCGCAGCUCGCUAGAAAACUCACAGGUCCGGGAAUUGAAACCCAAAGCCCUCUGUGGCUGGGAGAGAAUUCAGCUGACCCAGCUGACCUUUGGGUGGAAAGAUGACUUGCUUAACAUCUCUUGUCCAUCUGCAGUGGUGCUGGCCAAUAUGUUCGGUGACAUACAAAACUGGGCAGUCAGCACACACAAGUAUGUGCAACUUUGCCCUGUGAUGAGCAGCAGUUUUUAAAAGAUGCAUGGCUUGGGUGCAGAGGAAACAUCUACUUGCCUCCCUUUGUUUAGUAUCAUACAACAGAAGAACUACAGACAGUGGGGGUGAUUGUGAGUAAUAUUAGGGAGGACAUUUGGGAAAAAAUAGAGCCAAAAAAGAAAAACAUAACCGGAUGUUUCCAUGUAGAUAUGUUUUAGUCUGAUGUGGUUUGCUGAGCAUCAGCGGUUCUGAGUCACUGCUUGUUUUUGAGUUUUACCUGCCUUGACACACCACAUUUGUCCAAUUACUUGAAUUGUUCUGGUGUUUCAGAAAGUUUACAUAAUGGAGACUUUCCCCUGUGUUUUGUUUGCUUAUUGGGCAAUAGGUAAAAGUGACAGAGUGACAUUUUGUAGACUGCCCAAUAUAUUCUUCUGAUAGUAUGCUGGACCAAAGCAUCAUGCACUGUAUGUCCAAAAAUAUCCAGAUGCCUCUUCUAAUUAGUGAAAUUGCCUACUUCAGGACGUGCUGUUUGAUACAGGUGUUCAACUGCACUUACAGCUUAUAUAAUCUCCACGAUAAAGCAUUGCAAUCGAAUUGGGCUGUGGAGCAGCUGUACUUGAACCUAAGGUCACCACGCACAAUGGCAAGCAUCAGCUAGAAGGGUAUAAGUCUCCCCAGAUAUGGCCUAUGGAACAGGAACUAUGUUGUCUGGAGUGAUGGAGUGGCUUUGGAAUAAAUUUGUGAUCCAGAACUAAUCAUCCAACAUCAGUACCUGACCUCACUAAUCCUCUUGUGGAUGAAUGCAAUCCAGUCCUCACAGCAAUAAUAAAUCAUUAUUAAUACACUUGAUGUCAGAAGAAGAGUUGGAUGAACAGGGCUCUACAAACUUUUGGACAUACAUCAUGUGAUGUGUGACACAUGCCUUUCUAUGUUAUACUACUGUAUGCUAGUUCUAGUCAUCUCAUAAUACGUGAAUGUGAAAGAAAGCAGUUUGCACUAAUACCACUUAUCUGUUCAUCAUCUCUCAUGUACUGAUAUUUUAAAUGCUUUCCAGUAAAUUUAGCCAUGUUUGGCAUGUUUUCUUCUUCUUUCUUUACAGUUUUGUCAUGUUUUUAUUUAUUAGCCUGUAUAAAGCAGCCCUUGUGUUCAACGUUUCUGAAUUGUAACUUCUAAGUCAGAAAUUUAGUUCUAGCAUUGUCAGCCCUGACGCUGUCAGUUUGCCUGCCUUGGACUCGAAUUCCCAGCAUGCUCUGCCUAUGGACUACAGUGACUCUGCUGAGCACGUGACGCUCCGGCGCUCCGGCUCGCCUUGCUUCUAAUCAAUGAGAUUUUCAACACCUGUGAACCCGUGUAUAUAAGCCCUGUUGUUUCCUGUGUUUAGUGUUGAGUAUUAUCUAGCUUCUAGCUCUCUUACGACGCGUUUUUCCUUGCUCUUAUUCUUUGUUUAUUCCGACCUUUGCCUGUACUUCGUUUUCUCCUUUUUGCCUUGCCCAUUGAUUGCCUUACCGUUGCCGUUUUGUUUGUAUUUUCUCUACCCUUUAGCCUAGCUCCUUUACCUUGUUUUUGCUCUCCUGUGUACCGACCACCCUCUGGUAUGUCUAUGUUGCUGCUGUUAUUGUUGUUUCUGACCCUGCCUGUCCCUUACUAUUCUCUUGUAUUGCCCUAUUAUAUUAAAACUUGUAAGAUCCA